UUCUUUUUCUUCUUCUUUCCAUUUUUUUUUCUUUUUUUCUUUCUGAGUCGACCAUGAUUGAAUUAUCACCUUAUGGCGAGCAAGUUGUUGAUCGACUUAGUAUGAUUGGCAUGUGGUUAGCAGUAACCAUUUGUGUACGCAAUUUUUUUGUCUGUCUUCGGCAAUACCGACGUACAAACGGGUUAAUUCAUUUAAUGAACAUAGCUCAAGUCUGUGUACUUUUUAUUCAUCGUUUUAUUUAUGGCCUUGUCCCUCUUUUUGAAAUUACGACUUGUGCAUUUUGGCCAUUGCUUGUUUCAUUAUGGCAUUUGAGUAAGAACAACCUUACAAUAAUUCAAUGACUCAUGAUUAUAGAUUUCAUUUUAAUGUAUUCCAUCAUGUUUAAACGACUCUUGAUCUUGGAAGCAGAUAAACAUUCGCUUUGGAUUAAAGCCGUUGGUGUGUUUUUAAUUACACUUCGGUUUGCUGAUUGGCCUUAUGAAUUGGCUUUUCAUACA